UUCACUUAGUUUAUUUACUAGGAAAAUGUAAUGUAAAUACAAUAAAUAUACUUAUUAAAAUAAAUGUUUUAUAUGAGCAUAAGCAAAAGUAGUUUUCACAAAAAAUACUAUUAUGGUGCAACUAGAAAAUGAUUCGGAAGUGAAGAUAACCUUAUUUCAAUCUGCUUUUGCCGGUGGAGCAGCAGGUGCGGUUACUCGAGCUUUAGCCCAGCCUCUAGAUGUUCUGAAGAUAAGAUUUCAACUUCAAGUAGAACCUAUCACAGAUAAACAAGGUUCAAAAUACAGUUCAAUUUUACAAGCUCUAGGCUCUAUAAUCAGGGAGGAGGGUGUUGCUACGUUAUGGAGUGGUCACAUACCCGCGCAACUACUAUCUAUAUCUUACGGGAUCCUUCAAUUUGCGACUUUCGAAAAACUAACUGAUAUGUGUCAGAGUGCCGAUCGCCAAUUUUACACGAAUCAUAAGCACUGGAUCAACUUUUGCAAUGGUUCAAUCGCAGCAACCGUUGCCACAGUAGCUUCAUUUCCGUUCGAUACAGUCCGAACGAGAUUGAUUGCAGAACAGAAGACAAAUAAAGUCUACAAUGGGUUUCUCAAUGCAUUAUCUAUAAUGAUAAAGACAGAGGGACCUGUGGUCCUUUUUAAAGGUUUGAUUCCAACAUUGGGGCAAAUAGCACCUCAUGCAGGUGUCCAAUUUGCUGUUUACAAACUCUUUACUGAACACAUUUUGAUACAUGUAGAGAAAUUCCAGAGAGAUAGUCCUCAGAAUGCACCAAAAUCAUCAAUUUGGGCCAAUUUGAUAGCAGGAUCAUUUGCAGGCUUCACUGCUAAAACUGUGAUUUAUCCAUUUGAUGUGAUGAAGAAACGUUUGCAAAUACAGGGAUUCCAGCAACACAGAAAGAGUUUUGGGAAGCAAAUGUAUUGUAAUGGCUUAUUACAUUGUAUCAAAUUAAUAAUUGCGGAAGAAGGAUACUUGGCACUUUACAAGGGAUACAGUCCCAGUGUAUUAAAAGCUGUCUUUGUUUCCGCUCUACACUUCUCAAUUUAUGAUGAAAUAAAAUAUUUUCUGUUAAGAAUAAAUCAUAAAUAAUAGAUCUGAUAUGAUAGUGCAAACAAUAUAGUAUAGUAUUGAUUUAUAGGUUUAGUCUUGCCAGUAUUAUGUUUUGUAGUACUUAUAAAAUUUUAAAAAUCAAAUAUAAAUGCUGUUUAAAAUAAAUAUAUAUAAUAAUGUUAAUUACUCAUUAAAUAAGUAUUUUGAUUUUUAUUCUGAAGUCUAAGGCUUAUUAUAACAUUCAUUAUAGGGUAUAUAGGCUUUAAAGCAUUAAAAUUUUGUUGUUUCUUAUUAAAUAAAUCUACGUUAUAACUCCCCUGAACAGAAACUUCAACAUUUCACUUUACUUACAAAAACGAAUUCAAGGUUGCAUUUGAUAUUGUAGAGUAUAAAAUAUAUGUCUGUAAAUAAAUUAUUAUCUACUGAAAUUUGAUAUCUGUGAUCUUAGUCUAAUACUAUUAGCUUAUAAGAUAAAGUGUGUGCCACAUUUUAUAGUAUAAGUAUAUUUUAAUGCAAAGGUAUUAAUUAACAUUAUUGUAGAAUGCUUUUUAUUUCAUAAUAAUCUUUAAGGAUGAUAUUUGGAUCUUUAUAUAAAAUAAAUAAAAAUAAAUUGCCAACUUAAAAAAAUGUCCCAAAAAAUGUUUAUCACUUUUAAAAUAGAGCAAUAGUGAAAUUUAUAGAUUCCUAACAUUGUACUUGCCCUUAGUUCAGAAUAAAAACAAAUUAUCUUGUUUUAUAUUUUAGUUUUCAGAAGUAGUUGCAAAUACA